UCCUAGUCGAGAUGGAGGAAGAUGCGACCAGAGGCCGGCAGCCGCUGGGAACGGAGGGUCAAGCGGGGCCUGCGGCCUAGAGGUCCGGGGUUGGAGUUCGCCUCAGACUCGGUGGAGCCGCCGGGGUCUGAGAAGGUCUCCAGGCACAAUGGAGGACAAACGAAACAUCCAGAUCAUUGAGUGGGAACAUCUGGACAAGAAGAAGUUCUACGUGUUUGGUGURGCAAUGACAAUGAUGAUCCGGGUCAGCGUCUACCCAUUUACCCUCAUCCGCACCCGCCUGCAGGUUCAGAAGGGCAAGAGCCUCUACCAUGGGACCUUUGAUGCCUUCAUUAAGAUCCUGCGAGCAGAUGGUGUGUCUGGCCUCUACCGGGGGUUCCUGGUCAACACCUUUACCCUCAUCUCUGGCCAGUGCUAUGUCACCACUUAUGAGMUCACCCGGAAAUUUGUAGCUGACUACAGCCAGAGCAACACAGUGAAAUCAUUAGUGGCUGGUGGCUCGGCCUCCCUUGUGGCCCAGAGCAUCACAGUGCCCAUUGACGUGGUCUCCCAGCACCUGAUGAUGCAGCGCAAGGGGGAGAGAAUGGGCCGCUUCCAGGUGCGUGGGAACCCAGAGGGACACGGGAUAAUUGCCUUUGGCCAAACGAAAGACAUCAUCAGGCAGAUCCUGCGAGCUGAUGGGCUUCGAGGCUUCUACCGAGGCUACGUGGCUUCACUGCUUACCUAUAUCCCAAACAGUGCUGUCUGGUGGCCCUUUUAUCACUUCUAUGCAGAGCAGCUCUCGCACCUGUGUCCUAAGGAGUGCCCUCACAUUGUCUUUCAAGCCAUCUCGGGGCCCCYGGCUGCAGCCACUGCCUCUAUCCUCACCAAUCCCAUGGAUGUCAUCCGAACUCGUGUGCAGGUUGAAGGCAAGAGCUCCAUCAUCCUAACCUUCAGACAGCUGAUGGCAGAAGAGGGACCUUGGGGCCUCAUGAAGGGCCUCUCGGCCAGAAUCAUCUCAGCUACUCCUUCCACCAUCGUCAUUGUGGUGGGCUAUGAGAGCCUCAAGAAACUCAGCCUGCGACCGGAGCUGGUGGACUCAAGACACUGGUAGCCAGUGGUGGGUAGAGAAGCUGGCUGUUUCCCACUACUCUGGGCUGGGGGCAGAGCAGGGAA